AUUGUUUUUUGUAAACAUGCAUACAAACGCCUACACUAACUUGUUGCAUCUGAAACUGAAUAACAUACGUUCAAGGUUUUUAGCAGAAACAGUGUCACGAUGAUUACAUACUCCAUCGCUAACAACGCUGUGGAGAUAAGUCUGACAAUACAAGCUAAGCUACACGCGUUAACCACAGAGAAAUAACGUUAACUGCUACAAUGGCUAUAUGAAAACAAGGCAAUUCUCAAUCGAGGACCACCCACACACUGAAGGAGUCUGCGAGGAGAGGGAGUUGAGGCUGAGGUGGGAGGAGGGCGCCAUUGCAGCCGCAGCUGGCAGUGUGCGAUUGAGGAGGUACAAGCGUUAUCAAACUUUACAAUGUCGAGGGGCUUUUCAGGCGUUUUUCAGACUCAGCCCUCAGUUACGGGAUUAUAGUGUGAAAACGGAAAAGCGGGAUGGACAGUUUGCCUUUGAAGAGGAGAAAAUGUGGAGCCACAGCGCCGAACCAAAGCAGCCUCUCACCAUGAACACCAGUAGGAACUGCACCACGGUGGGGAUUGGUGAGGGUCUGGCUGCCCUGGAGUCAGUCUCCAUUGUGACCAUCACACUCCUCGCCUGCCUGGGGAAUCUCUUGAUCGUGGUGACCCUCUAUCGCAGACCUUAUCUUCUCACACCCAGCAACAAGUUUGUGUUCAGCCUGACCCUGUCCAACCUGCUGCUGUCCAUGCUGGUGCUGCCGUUUGUGGCCGUGAGCUCGGCGAAGAGGGAGUGGGUGUUUGGAGUGGUGUGGUGUAACUUCACUGCCCUGCUCUACCUGCUCAUCAGCUCUGCUAGCAUGCUCACCCUCGGCGCUAUUGCCAUUGACCGGUACUAUGCAGUGCUUUACCCGAUGAUCUACCCCAUGAAGAUCACAGGGAACCGGGCAGUCGUCGUCAUCGCCUAUGUGUGGCUACACUCCCUUGUGGGCUGUCUGCCUCCUCUGUUCGGCUGGUCCUCCUUUGAGUUUGACUGCUUCAAGUGGACCUGUGUUGCGUCUUGGCACAGAGAGCCAAGCUACACAGCCUUCUGGGUCACCUGGUGCAUCCUCCCCCCCUUAGUCAUCAUGCUGGCCUGUUACGGUGUAAUUUUCCGUGUAGCCCGAAUGAAAGCCAGGAAAGUUCACUGUGGGACAGUUGUUGUGGCUCAGGACGACUCCACUGGAGCUCAGAAGAACGGACGUAAAAACUCCAGCACCUCCACUUCCUCUAAUGGAAGCCGGCGGAGCCUGGUGUAUGCAGGGAGUCAGUGCAAGGCCUUUGUCACCAUCUUAGUGGUGAUCGGCACCUUCCUCAUGUCCUGGGGUCCGUAUGUGGGGGUGGUGUGCACCGAGGCUCUGUGGGGACAAGGGAGUGUGUCUCAGGGGCUGGAGACUUUUGUAUCAUGGCUGUCCUUUUGCAGCGCGGUGUGCCACCCGCUCAUCUAUGGUCUGUGGAAUAAAACGGUGAGGAAGGAGCUGCUGGGGAUGUGUUUCGGAGAUCGCUACUACAGAGAGUCGUUUGCCACACGGCAAAGGACAUCCCGCCUCUUCAGCAUCUCCAACAGAAUCACAGACUUGGGUAUGUCCCCACACAUGACAGCCAUGCUGGCCGGUGGAGGGCAUCUGCUGGCCCCAGGGAGCAGCACAGGAGAUACUGGCUUCAGUUUCACUCAGGACUCAUGCACAGACGUGAUGCUGCUGGAUAACUUCUCCACAGACGGGUCCUGCCUCUUACAGCAACACGGUAAUCCGUCCGGGAAGAGGAGGAGCUCCGUCACCUUUGAAGACCAGGUGGAGCAAACCAAAGCUGAAAACCUCAACACGUCCGCGGUUCAAGUCCACGCAGAGGUACACAAAUCGCUCGACACCUUCGCUUCCUGUCUGGCGAAGGCUAUAGAGAGUGACGCUAAGCUCACCCUGUUUGGGGAGGGUCUGGCUCUGUCGGAGGGACUGUUUACGACCAGGGCCGCACCGAGACCCAGAUACCUGGAUGGUCAAAGACUGAGGCUGGAAAGUAUUGAUGAGGGGAUCGGUAAAGAUGACCGAGAUGAUGAUGAUGAUGAUGAAGAGAAGCAGGACGUGGAGGAAUAACCGGCCUGAACGCCGCAAGUGUGUUCAUUUGUCGGACAUGUUAAUAGAUCAUACUCAGUAUAUUAGUGAACUGCGAGGGUUUUGCACCCUCAACAGUCACAAUAGGUGACCAGCAGUGGUUUGUGGUGCAGUUUAUGAAGUCUGAUCUCUCUACACAUGGGUACUCCAUACUUGAAAUUAUUAGGAAACAGGAAGAUGCACAUUAUUCAUUCCACUAUGUUGGACCAAGUGCACCAUCAGUGACUUUGCAAGCUUUUGUAUGGAUGCAUGUAAUCAAAUAGGAAGUCUUAACUACUGUAACCGAAGUGAUCGUAUUGUUGUAGUAAUUUGUUUAUUACUAUAUAUUAUGGUAUGUCCUCAGAAUUUGCAAUAAGAUGCGUCUCAUCGCGGCUGGAAAGUAUGGAAAAAAAGUAGUAGUUUCUAUCUUCCAAAAGACUCCUGACACCGUUGUCAGAUCACUUAAAAAUGUCUCCUUUAUUACAUGGCUAAUGUGAGGCGUCCAUAUUUGUUUGUUUUUCAGAUACUUAUGUAAUAUUUAAUGUCAAGUCGGAUAUAUAUCGCAGUUUCUCAGUAACGACUGGGAUGAUGAUGAUGAAGUUGGGCCCCUCUAAUUUGAUAUGUGAUUAUCACAUUGCACAGCAGCAUGGUAAUGAGAGGGCAGACUCUAGUUCUCAUAUGUACUCAACAUUCUCAGUAUGUUAUGAAAUCUUUCUGAAGAAAUUUGACUUCUGACCAUUUUUCCCCAAAGACAUUUUGAAAUGUCACAGUAGAAAAAAAAAAUGCAGGUGUAAAUAAAAUAAUUGAUGGCCAAAUUCCAUUUAGCUGGUUUAGGGUCCUGGUAUUGUACAUGUUGGCACACUGUCACGGCUUACUGAGAGAGAACAGAGCCAUGGGUAAUGUUUAGUAACACUGUUUUUACUACUACGCCAAGUCAAAAUAUCGGCUAUGAAAAAGGCCUACUGAUGUGGAUUGAAAACCCAUCGGCCUGUAGGUGUUGACUGAUGUCAUGUCCAAGGGUCAUCUCUAACUUCUACCCCUGUGCAUGCCUUGAUAGGUCACUUAUAGAAUGAGUAGAAACAGGUACAGUUCGUACAUUUCAUGAUUAUCUGCUACAGUAAUUAACCCAUUUAGUCACAAUUACUUGACUUGAACAUGCAGCGUGAGCUUGUUCUCAUAGAAACCACUCUGUGUGUGGCAGAGAAAGUGAUUAUUACUGUUUGGUCAGUGUUUUUGCAUACCGUAAAGCAGUAUAUUAACAGUGAUGUAGUGAAGACAACAUUCAGUAACAAUCAAAUGUGUGAAUCCAAAAUGAGGUAAUUUGGAGACUGAUUAUAUUAAUGAAAAUGCAUUUCAUAAUAUUUUGCACAUACUGAGCAGUGCACAGCGACCAUGUCCGCAAUAAAUUACUGUUUGAUACGUUGAUCAUUGAAUAUUCAAGUCACUCAAAAAUUGUGUAUAGUGUUGAAUGUCUGAGAAACUGGUCUUAAUCUACAACACUGUCUUAGUAAAUAUUCAUUGGUACGCGUGGUUUACCUCAGUUUAUACACUCCACCGCUUCCUUUACUAUUACGAAAGAAACUCAGAGAGGAUAUUUGUAAAAAGGAGAGCGUUUCUGUCUUACCUCCCAUUUUCAUAUUAUAUUUGAACGGUACUAUACACCUGAGAAGUGAUGUAACCUUUUGAUUUUUGCUAUACAGUAAGUAUUGAUACAACCAUUUGCCUUUUAAAGUUUUGUAUCAAGGUUCUUCUAUUAAAACUUUUUUGCAUAAAAUA